GGCACAUCUCUCCAUAGACCAUGAUUGGAGUACUUUUGUUGGUUGCGGCAGUCAGCCUGCUGUAUGUGUAUCUCAAGUGGACAUUCAGCUACUGGGAUCGCCAGGGUUUCCCCUCCGCCGGGGUCACCAUACCCUUUGGCGCCUUGGAUUCCGUGCGCAGAGGCAAACGAUCCUUCGGAAUGGCCAUCUACGACAUGUACAAUGCCACGAAGGAGCCUGUGAUGGGCAUGUACCUGACCGUGCGACCUGCAUUGCUGGUGAGGGAUCCGCAGCUGGCGCAUGAUAUUUUGGUCAAGGAUUUUGCCAGCUUCCACGAUCGCGGCAUCUAUGUGGAUGAGAAGAACGAUCCCAUGUCGGCCACUAUUUUUGCCAUGGAGGGCAGUAAUUGGCGCAAUCUGAGGGCGAAGCUAACGCCUUCGUUUACAUCGGGCAAGCUUAAGGCCAUGUUCUCGACGUCCGAGGCAAUUGGCGAUAAGAUGGUGGCACACUUGAAUGGAAAAUUACCCAAAGAGGGUAGCCAGGAGAUUGAAAUGAAGGAGUUGUUGUUAACGUAUGCUGUGGAUAUCAUUGCCUCGACCAUCUUUGGCCUGGAUGUGGACAGUUUUGCUGAUCCCAACAACGAAUUCCUGUCCAUCACAAAAACCAUCAAUCAGAAUACAUUUACGGAUAUCCUACGUGGAACCACAUCCUUUCUGUUCCCAGGUUUGGAAAAGAUCUUUGUUCGCUUGGGCUGGUCCCAGGAGGGACCUGAGCGCAUAAGGGAACUCUCCAACCGCACUGUCGAUCUCCGAGAGGAGAAAAAUAUUGAGCGACGCGAUCUGUUGCAACUUCUGUUGCAGCUCCGCAACACUGGAAAGAUUAGCAACGAUGAUAACAUGUGGUCAGCGCAGAAUGCCAACAAGGGCCUCAAAAGCGUGUCCAAGGAUCUGAUUGCCGGACAGCUGUUCCUUUUCUUUGUGGCCGGAUACGAGACGACAGCCUCAACGGCGGCCUAUACCAUCUACGAGUUGACCCAGAAUCCAGAGGUGAUGGCCAGGGCCUUGGAGGAUGUGAGGAGUACGCUGGAAAAGCACGAUGGAAAGCUAUCCUACGACGCCAUACAGGAUAUGAAGUAUCUGGAGGCCUGCGUAUUGGAGACUGCUCGCAAAUAUCCUGCUCUGCCACUGCUGAAUCGUGUAUGCACAAAGGAAUACCAAAUACCGAAUAGCAAACUGAUCGUCAAAAAGGGCACGCCCAUUAUCAUUUCCUUGAUUGGAAUGCAUCGCGAUGCAGAGAACUUCCCAGAUCCAUUGGCAUACAAGCCAGAGAGGUAUUUGGACGAGAAUAAGAACUUUAACCCGACGGCGUACAUGCCCUUCGGGGAGGGUCCCCACAAUUGCAUUGGUCUUCGCAUGGGAAAAGUCAACGUCAAGAUUGCUGUGGCCAAGAUUCUAUCGAAUUUCAAUCUGGAGAUGAGCAAAGAGAAGCGGGAGAUCGAGUUCAGUGUCCAUGGGAUCCCCCUGAUGCCCAAAGGCGGCGUGCCCGUCCGUAUCUCUCGCAAAAAGUAGCCGCUUGAAUGUCUCUUUCUAGCCCGUAAUCUAAGAGUUAAUAAUAAAUCAAACCAUAAUUAAAGUUCGAGUGAAAUAAUGCA